GCACCCAACGUGGGGCACGCUGCUUUUUAGCUUUUAGAAUUAUGUUUUAUUUGUUUUAUACCUAUGUUUUACCUAUUUACAAUGUGGUAUGAUUUGAAUUUUGACAUUUACAUCCCAGAAGGAAUGGCUAAUUUCACAAACAGCUACAUCCCAAAUGGAAUAGCUAAUCUUACAAACAACACGAUGUUCAGACCAGUCUCCGGGUUUUCUUCUCGGUUUGUCAAACACUUUUUGAAUCUUGAAUUAAUACUCAUGUUGGUGUGUGUGUCGUUAAUUUUCCUGAAUGUACUCCAACGCAUUUGUAAUGAAGAGUCUCCUCUAAAACUAGAGAACGAUGACUGGCAGGGAAUAUGGAGAGGUUUAGGAAAGGUCUUAGAAGCAUGGGGACCCGCAGUGUCAUGGGAUUUCACUCUUGAACACCUGUGGGAUCCUGAGAAACUAAGCCAGAUUUUGAGUCAGGGACAAUGCGACUUACAUAAAUCUAAGGAGGUACAACUUAUUUGGGGUUUGGCUUGUGCUUACUGUGCCCUAUAUAAUACCAUUCUGGAGAGAGAGAGUUUCCCAGCUGAGGUUCAAGCCAAGGGGGAAAAUCCCCAAGUCAAAUCUAAUCAAUCACAGGAGACACCAGUAACAAUACCAGCUGCUCCUGGGGAGGGCAAGAAAUGGAAACGAGUUUCUUCGAGUCUUGAACAAAAAAGAGAGGAGGAGGCAGAGGAAGAUCCAGGCGAGGCGCCCUCCUCAGAACCACCGCCUUCACCAGAGGCAAAAGGAAGACGUGCGGAAGAGUGUGAUGAAGGCGAAGGCUCUAUUACUACUCGCCGACCUCUAAAGAUGACUGAAAUCCAAGGUUCAAGAAAGGAGUUUACACGGCACCCGAAUGAAACUCUUGUUUCCUGGUCAUGCAAGAGUCUCUGCCAGCAUGAUGAAGAAAAGAACUUCCCACAAAAAGCAUAGAAACAAUGUGGGACCAAGCAAACCUAUUUCUCAGCCACGAAGAAACAUUGUAGGCUGCAGAAUACAGCAUGGCUGGAAGGAAGGAAGCGGACCCAUAACACAAUGGAAGGGCACAGUUCUUGAUCAAGUUCCUGUAAAUCCUUCUCUCUAUCUUAUAAAGUAUGAUGGAUUCGAUUGUGUGUAUGGACUAGAACUGCACAAAGAUGAAAGAGUUUCAGCACUUGAAGUCCUUCCAGACAGAGUUGCUUCAUCUCGAAUUAGUGAUGCCCACCUGGCAGACACAAUGAUAGGCAAAGCUGUGGAACAUAUGUUUGAGACAGAGGAUGGCUCAAAAGAUGAAUGGAGGGGGAUGGUCUUGGCUCGAGCUCCUAUUAUGAACACAUGGUUUUAUAUUACCUAUGAGAAAGAUCCUGUCUUGUACAUGUACCAACUCUUAGAUGAUUAUAAAGAAGGUGACCUUCGCAUUAUGCCUGAUUCCAAUGAUUCGCCUCCAGCAGAACGGGAACCAGGUGAAGUUGUGGACAGCCUGGUAGGCAAACAAGUGGAAUAUGCCAAAGAAGAUGGAUCAAAAAGGACUGGCAUGGUAAUUCAUCAAGUUGAAGCCAAACCAUCUGUCUAUUUCAUCAAAUUUGAUGAUGAUUUCCAUAUUUAUGUCUAUGAUUUGGUGAAGACAUCCUAGAUAUCGUCAUGAAAUUUUGCCAAAUUUGUGGAACUAUUAAAUGUAAAAUUUGUAGACACAAAGACUUGACUGCUUUUCAGUUAAACAAAAGCUUAAAUGUCCCUGUGAACUCGCAGUCUCUGCUAGCAAACCUGUUUUGUUCUGAAUGUUACAAACAUUUAUGUGAAUGUGACAAAUUUUGCAUAAGAGAACUCAAUUUCUUGAUGAAAGUCAAUAUAUUUGGGUAGGAGGGAGUUAAAAGCAUAGAACAGCUGCAAAAUCAAGCUGUGUAAAGUCAAUCUAAUAUUGUAAUCUAAUUGUUUUCAUAGAUUUUUAACAUUUUCUUCAAUGUUACACUCACCUCUUCAACUGCCACAUGCAAAUGUAGUUUGCUAUUUUUAUGUCUUCUUUUGUAACAUUACAGUUAAUUUCUUUGCUGCUGGCAGUCCUUGUUUUCCAGGUUGAGUCAGAGGUGACUUUUCUCAAAGAUUUGAAUGGUUUAUGAAGCAGUAAGGAGUGCCUAACCCAAGUAACAUAAAUUUACUGUGUUUCUAGGCUUUUUUUUUUUUUUUUACAUUAAGCUUUUUAUAAACUUUCAGUACAUGGAAACAAUUGUGCAUUUUUAGUAGUCACGGGGCAAUAAGAUAUCAAGUGUUUGACUUAUACACCUUAUAGACACAAAAAAGCUACCUUCAAUCCUAAAUGUUGUACUUUCUUUUGUUAUACACAUUUCUUAGCAAAACCCAAGUACUUGGUGCCACAAGUUUAACAGUAUAUAUACUACUUAAGAAGACUUCAGUCUAUGCAUUGUCAAUCAGUAGUCUCUCAUUUAAUGUUAGAACCUACCAAACUGGAUAUCUGUAGACUUAAAAGCCUAACCGUAGUUAAUGUUUUACAUGGUAAAUACAAUCUCAAGGGUGGAGAUGGAGUCCUCUUACUUUGAAGACCUCCUUUAGAGAAGAAGAAUUUAUUGCCUUCUACUCAGUCUGCAGACGAUUCUGUUUGAAUCUCACACCCAGAGGAGUGGGAUUCGAACCCAUGCCUCUACAGGAGACUGUGACCUGCAGCCUUCUUGCUUUUGUUCUCAACCAUCUUGGUUCAAGAAUAUAUGUUCCCAAUAUAUUGUUUUUCUGACUUUUCCAUGUAAGGAGUGUCCAAAGAAAUCUACAGCUUAAACCUGUUGUUGCCUUUUGUGGUGUACUUCCUUAGAGGUAUGUUAACAUGAAUUUCAUUAUGUGAGCACUAGAGUUCUGCAUGCUAGUGGUGUACUAUCUAAUGGAAGCUAUAGGCAGUCUCAGUGGUUCAGUCAUCUGCAUUAGACUGUGGAUAUAAAUAGCAGCCAAAUCCUUUCACAGUUUUAAUCUUGCAAGAUGGUUGUAAAUCGAGGUUAGGAUUUCAUUAUUUUUUAAGUUUAGCAUCUUUUAAAAGCAUCAGAAUUGCAACAAGGCAACAAAAUUGCACAGCAACAAAAUUGUUGUUACUUUAGAGCAGAACUCUACAAGCUUCAAAGUACAGCUUCACAGUAAUACAGUAUGUGAAGACAGUUACUACUGAUGGAAAGAAGGAAUGCAUAGAUAUAUACAAUCUUAUGCUCUUAGUGGAAGGAUUCAGUAGAGGUGCUAUUAAUCAAAGAUCAAAGGUUUGACCUCUAUUUUUAGUAUUCUUGAUAUCAAAGAGUCAGUGGUUUAAGCCCCUUUCUGUCCUUUUCCUGAUUUUAUAUUUUAGCCUUAAGGUUUGUGCUUCAUUAUGCUGUUGAAUGGUAAUACCAUAUAAAUAUGAUACCUUAAUUCUUUGUCUCUUGCUACUAUAUUACAUUCUGUCCAGUAUUCCAUCAUGGGCAACCCAAGGCAGGCAAUUGUAUUUCAGUUCACAGAUUCUCAAUCCAGUACUCAAGCACUAAGUACCUGAGUUGCAAAUUUUCCUUCUGUUUUGAACAAAGUGAGCAGAUUUGCAACACAGUGCUUUCAUCCUGCAGAUCUGUUAUGUGCUUUCUAUUGACUCUUAGAGUCCUGCAUGUAAAUCUUAAAGCUGAGCCUGGCUCCAUGAGCCCCAGUUGAUAUUUGUGGCACAAGAAUGAGUGAGUGUACUGAUUAUACACAAGAUACGUUAAUAACUUGGUACAAGGAAUUUUGGGCUAUAUGUCUAAGGAAUGUUUUGAAAUAGCUGAGGUUUAGGUCUACUGUAACAUUUUUAGCAUUAGGCUUGCAUUUGUGGGUAUUAUGCAAACCAUCCUAAUAUAUCAGGUAUUUUGAUAAUUAGAAUAUAAUCUAUAAAGUGUCAAAUUUCUGGUUGUUUUUAGAUGUCACUGUUGUUUGUUACACAGUUGUUUUUUGUUUUCUUUUCAUAUUUUUUCUUAAGGUUUGGGGUUUUGGUUUUUUUAAUUUGUUUGGUAGGGUUAUUUUUUUAUUUUGUUUUUGUUUGAUAGCUUAAGAAACACAUUUUUGAGGCUUGAGACUGAUUCUACUCCCUGACAUCUGCUUUGGGCUUUGUUUUAGGCUAAUGCUUCGGAUCUGCAUGCAGUGCUUUUGUUAACCUGGUAACUAAUUGUUGACCCCUUGUUCUAGAGGUUCAACAUUGCUUUCCAAAUUUAUCAUAGAGCUUGUGAUGGCACAUUACAUGGAUCUUUGGAUAAAAGUUAUUGGCCUCUCUAAAACCUGCUGUAGUAUUGUUGUAUAUUGUGUGCGUGUGUGAUGUCAAGCUGCCAUGUAAAACUUCUUAAAACAAAAAAAAAUUAAACCUGGGCCAUCCUUCUCUGCAUGCUUAGAAAGUUAGAACACUCAAUGUAACAAAGUUGCAUGUUAUAAUGUUUAGAUUUGGGUUUUGUUCUGUUUUUUCUUUCUUUCUUUCUUUUUGAGGGAGAGGGGGGUUGUUCAUUUUUUUGUGAAUUUGCUUAUUGUGCUGUUUAAAUGGUUGUUAGUAGGAUUAAAUGCACUGGUGAGGCAAACAUAGUGCCAACGGAAGGUAAUUUUCCAGUUGUAUAUGUCAUACAGCAUUUGAAGGGAUCAUGUAUUCUGUUCAAGAAUAAAUAGAAUCACAAUUGAUUAGUACAACACUACUUAUUUUCUUCUUUUGAAUGGCAAACCCUAAACUAAGUUGGACUAUGUGAAGACUGAAAUACUUUGGGGAAAGUCUUACUUAUUACAAUAGGUAGAAGCCUUCUUUAAAUUAAUUAUUUUAAAAGGGAGGCUUUAUUUUCAGACAGAAUAUAUUACACUUGUUUCAGGGGAAAAAAUGGUAAAAACAGUUUUUGGUUCCUUGAAAAUGCUGUGCUUUUUGUAUUUUAGAUCAUUCAUUAGUGCAAUUUGGAUGGUUCUUGGUAUGUGUAUAGUACAGAUGUCUUUGUAUUUACAUUAUAGAAAUAGGUUAUGACUUCAUCUUUAGAACUCAGUUUCAUUAUUUUUACUUUAUUUUGAACAAUUUAGACAGUUCCCUGUUUUCUGCAUUUAUAAGUAUGAAUACUUUAAAUCUGUUACUUAAUUCUGUAAGUAAUUUUUAUAAUUAUGAUGUAACUCUAUCCUUAAAACAUUUAAAAUAAAUCCUUUAUGUGCAACUCAUGACUGCAAAGUUUGCUUGCAUGAACAAAAUGUAGUGAUGUGACUUCAGGUUGUGAAAAGGCAGUUUCUUUAGGUUUGUUUGUUUGGAUUCUUUUUUAGUUAAAAACUACUUAGUAUAUUGAUGUUGAGUCAUGUAUGCUGGUAUAAAGCUUUCCCCUAUGAAAUAAGUUUCCUUACUAGCCAAAACCUUUUUUCUUCUUUGUCAAGUCUGUAGGAACAUCAAAAAUAGAAUUUGACUGAGAUAAAACAUAAUAUUUAAAUUGUAUUUUAUCAAAGGCAGAAAAAUUCCUCUUUAGAAGAUUGUGCAAGUCUGUGGGGAGCCUCUAAUUCCAGAACAUACUAAAGCUCACACUGUUAGCAUCAGUUCAUCAGUGGGUUACGGUAGAAGUGUUUGUCAACAUUUACUUCAAAGCAGACAAGUGUAUCAGUUAAUG